UCCUGUUUUAUUUACAACUUUCUACUUUCUGAAUCAAAUGUGUUGACUGACUAUAGAGUUGUUAUGGAAGUUAGGCUAAUGAAUCAGAAACUGUAAAACGCAGACAUAAAAAUAUUCAAUAUUUUGUAAAUUAAACUUUAUUAAGUCAUUAUAAAAAGAUGGCAGGAUCAAGUAAUACGAUUUGUAGUCGAAUAGUGAUAUCUGUCACUUACAUUUUCGCUCUAUUGAAACUUAGCUCUGGAGCUACAAAUGAAUAUGGGGUACUUGCAGCAGAAUCAUCAACUGAGAAGGAAAAUUUUUGUAUUAUAUAUUUUAAAGAAUUCGGUAGUUUGCCUGAACAAAAAUCACUAGCUAAAUUCCAUAUUUUGCAAGAUGAUAGCAAAUUAGAUUGGUGUGAAGAUCAUCCAGAAAGUGAUCCAAAGAAUAAGGUUGUUUUGCUUUCUAAAGGUAAUUGCAGCAUAUCUAUACAAGCUCUUAACAUCCAAGAAAGAGGAGGCAAUGGAGUAUUUUUUAUCACACAUAGUGGGAAAGUGGCUGAUAUUAAUGUGAAUGAUACUACUAUUAAUAUUACAGUGGGCUUAAUAUCAGAAAAUUCAGCAGAACGAUUAAAGGAAAUGGGCAACGGAGUUACUGUCAAGUUGUUUGCCCCUCAAAGUUUAAAUUUUGACUUUAGUUUGUUAAUUAUAUGGAUUAUUGCUAUGAUUACUAUUUCUAUUGGUUCUUACUGGUCUGGACAUAUUCGUUUUGCUAUAUAUUGUAAGGAAAUGAGCUCUCUUCCUGGAGUACAAAGAGAACUUCCCAACAAACCUAGUGUAAGAGUAAAUACUGUUGAAGAAAGUUCUUUGAAUGUCAGUACUUAUGCCAUUGGAGCUUUUGUUUUAUGUAUGGGGCUAAUGCUAGUUCUUCUCUAUUUCUUGUAUGAUUAUUUAGUGUACUUUAUAAUUGGCCUGUUUGUAUUGGCAAGUAUUUUAUCAGUACAUAGUUGUUUAGAACCCCUUGUAUUACGAAUUAAAGGAAGUUUUUGCAAAUCUGAGUUUCGUUGUGGAGGUUCAUCUUGUCAUAUAGAUUUUCGUCAAGUUCUGUUAGUGGCUUUUGCUAUUGCAAUCUCAGUGUUUUGGGUUGUUAUUCGAAAAGAAAAACAUGCAUGGGUCUUGCAAGAUAUUUUAGGUGUAGCUUUUUGCAUUCACAUGUUGAAGUCUAUUAGAUUGCCGAGUUUGAAAAUAUGUUUUGUUCUACUUGUUCUACUCUUCUUCUAUGAUAUAUUUUUUGUGUUUGUUACCCCAUACUUUACUGUGAAAGGAGAAAGUGUUAUGGAAGAAGUAGCUACUGGCGGAAGCUCGGCAGAGCAGUUGCCCAUGGUGUUAAGAGUAGUUCAUUUUGGAUUUGAUCCCUUGGCAGUUUGUUAUAAGCAGUUUUCAAUUUUGGGAUUUGGAGACAUCUUGGUGCCUGGUCUUUUAAUAUCUUAUUGUCAUGGAUUUGAUCUUGUUACUAGUAAAAAGAGGAUAUAUUUUCUGACAACUGUCAUCAUGUAUGGCAUUGGUUUGCUCAUCACUUUUGGAGCAUUGUUUCUCAUGAGCACUGCACAACCUGCUCUUCUAUAUUUGGUUCCUUGUACUUUGAUACCAACACUGCUACUUGGAUGGUUUAGAGGAGAGUUAUCUACAUUGUGGAAAGGUUUCAAAGUUGUAAACCCUACUGAAGCUUCAAGAUUCCCUGAUGUUCUAGUAGCAGGUAAUGAACCACCCUCUGAAACAGCUGCUGCUAACCCUAGUGCAUCACCUGUAGAUAAUUAUGGACCAAAAGAUGGUAUAAAUCCUUCAGAAGGCUCACAUGAGAGAACUGGAGAACGGAACUAUUUAUUACAGUAGCAAAAGUAUUAAUUAUUCAUAACAGUUACAAAAUAAAAUUGCAAAUAUUUCUAAGCAAUAUGUUAUUUUGUGAUGGGAAAAUUUUAUCUUACAAAUGAUUUUUAAAAUAUCAUUAUUACUUGCUAUUAUAUAAGAUUUCUGUGCAUUUUCUAAACAUUUUUGUCAUCAUUGUCAUAAUGCUUUAUAGAUUUCAAAUCUAUGAAAUUGUUGGUUUUCCGAAACUGGUGUGUUAAUACUUAUUUUUAAACUUAUGAAAAUAAUAAAAAAAAAAGAUAUUUAUCCUCUUGGGUACUAGAUUUAUAAAUAAAAUUGUACAUAAUUUGUAUUUAAUUUUAUUCAACAAUACUUAACAAAAAUAUUUUUUUAAAGAAGACAUAGAGAAUGGGAAACAGUUAUUUUUUAAUUAGCAAACUUUUGAAAUAUACUUAUGUAUUAAAAGACACUGUAGCUCUUGUAAAUGACAAUCAAUUUAGAAAAUUUAGUUUUUUAGUAAAUAAUAAUGAUAAAUAUUUAUCAGCAAAAUGUAAUAUUAAAAAUUCAAUUCACUUUGAAUCGAGUCCAAUUGCAUUUUUCACUUGUUUUGAAGAAAAUGCAUAGUUUUAUUUCGAUUCCUAGGAUUAUAUUUUAAUACUAAUUUUUUUUCUUUAGUGUUAACUUUAUUAACAGAAAUUUCGUUAAUCUUCAUUUCAUAUGAAAUAAUAAGAUUUUUGAAUUUUAAUUCAGGAAAUUCUCAUUUUGCAUUUAUCUGUGCUGUUGCUGAGAAAAAGAAUCUUUAUAUAAUAUGUUUGAUGGCUGUUCUGAGUAUUUACGUUUUACAAAAUCUUUGCUUAAAAAGGGACAAAUUUUUAUCUAUAUCAUUGAAUCUUUUUCUUUGUGUACUAUUUUUAAAAGUUUUGAUAUAUAUAAGAUAGUAUUAGUGAAUCAAUUACGUAUUGUUAUUCCCAUGUGAUAUAAAUUUAUUACUAUUUAUGAGCUAUGUAUAUGUUUAUACUUUUGGUUUUACUUUCUUUAUUGGAAAAUUAUAUUUCAAACUUGUAAUAUUCCCCCCCCCCUUUUUUUUUUUUUUUCUUUUUGGAAUUUUGUAGAUUUAUUAAAAUUUUAAAAUCAUUCAUAAAUAUCACUUGUUGGAUCUCUACUUUUAUUCACAAUGCAGUAUUUUGUAAAUUGCUAGUUAUUUUUGUGUUAUUUGGAUUUUAGUUUUUGUAGAACAAGAAUUAUUAUUAAAUUUUUUUUUUAAAUAAUUUCUAUUCUAAUGACUCAUGUUCUUAGUUACAUUUGAAUAUAUAUCAAACAAAAAGUUAUAUCUAUGUUGUUUUUAUUCGAUGCAAAAGGUGCUAUUUUUUUCUAUCUUUUCUAUGAGAGCUUGACAUUUUUUUCAAAAAUGCUUGAUCUUUUAUCAUGAGGUUAAAUAGUUUAUUUUAUUAUUAUUUUUUAAUUUUUAGUUUCUUUUUAAUAUUUCAUAUUUGUAACUAUUUGUCUUACAGUUUUUGUUUAUUGUUAUCAAAUUAACUUCAUAGCAAUACUAUGAUUUGCCCUUUUAUUUUUCGUUGUGGUAAAUUAAGAAAUGAAUUUUAAACAGAAUUUUAUUAAAAUAAAAAAAAAAUGUCUAGACACUCAAAUAAGAUUUGGAAGAAACUGUGUAUCUAAGAAGCUCUGUUACAAAUAUUUGUUACAUUGAAAAAAUGAAUAAUGCUGCUUUACUGCUUUUAUUCCUUUCAUAAAGUAUUUUGCAUUUUUGAAGCAAUUAUAAUUUCUAUACUAACAAAAACAUUCACAUUAUUCAUUGUUAUCAGUUUUGUAAUUUGAAAACUGUAAAGAAUUUGAAUAGUUUUAUUAAAUAACAUUCAGAGGUUCAAAAUUUUUUAAAAUAAUAUCCCAAGCCUCAUUUGAAUAAUUUCAAAUCUGAAGUAAAGUCUUACAAAUAGUAAUUUUCCAUUUGAAUUAUUGUAACAAUUAAAACAUACAAAACAUGGAUAUACUUUUUAUGUAUUCUUCUUAAUCUAUAACUGUUUCCAAAAGAAAGUCAGUUAAUUUUGUAUAUGUCUUUGUAUUUAUCAUAUUUUAUUUGCUUCCUUUCACAGCACUUGUAAAUUCUAAACUGCAAAAUGUUCUAAAAUUUCUGGAUAACUUUACUAUGAUUGAAAGGUUAAACUUUGUUUAUAAUCUGGAAUGCUAACAAUGACAUUCAUUUUAUUGAACUUGAUUUCCUUUUAACUAUAUAUGAAUUAAAAUUUAUCUUUUAUUAUAUACAUUUAUUUGCUUUUGGUAUUUGUAAUUUUUUUAGUUCAGAUAUCAAAGUUACAUGAAUUUAAAAUUUUACCUAACAAUGUUUUGUUUUCUUUCUUUAUUUUAUGCAAUUUGAAUUGAUAAUAUUUAACUUCUUGACUUCUUUUUAUGUGGAAA